CAAUCCUUGUCUUGUUUCCUUCUCAUCUCUCAAUUUUUUCUUCUUCUUCCCUCCUCAUUAAUGUCACCAACGCCUUUCCGUUUUCUUCUUGAUAAGUCUCUUUUCUCGCUGCACAAACAUCUCUUUCAUCUUCUCCCAACUGUCCUUUUACUGUGAUCUUUGUUUGACAAAUGCUCUUGAGCUCUUAGACAAGCAUAACUACACCUCGUCUUCAUCACUCAUUUUCCCAGAAUUUAUGAACCCGAAAAGGCCAAGUUGAAUCGAGUUUAGUAUUGGUGUUUCUAGGGCUAAAUCAUGAGAACAAUGUUGGGACGAAUUGGGAUCAUAAUCCUUUUCGGGGGGUCCUUUUACAGCUGUAUUGGUCUUUGAUGGCCAAAAUCAUCUUUGUUUUCUUCCCCACAUUCUCUUACCUUCUGCACAUUGUGUCUCCACAAUGCUCAAUUAUGCAGUUCCCCACCUCACCUUCCACCUGUCUGUAACAAUGCCUCAUUGAAAUUGUGUAACGUUGUAAUACUAUCUCACCUUUUCUUUUCUUUCUCUUUCUUUCUUUAUCUUAUAGAUAAGAGGUCUUGACCUUUUUGGGCCAAUCUCACAUGAUAUCAAAACAAAAGGGCAUGUCAUACUCUGAACUUGAGGUCUUCGUUUUUUUAACCAAUCUGAUUGCCACUGUUUGGCAUAAGAAAGAAAAUCUUCCUCAACAAUUAGUGGCUCACUUGGUUGGUUGUGAAUAAUGAAACUAAAUUCAACAGCAAGAAAACAAGUUCAUAUUAUAAAAGGAUGGGCAUCUUGCCCUUGCCAUGUUUGAUAUUUUCUCAUAAAAAGUGGGGCUAGCUGGAGGGAUGGUUUUGUAAUUUCACGCCCAACAGACAUAUGAACAUGCCUGCUACAGUUGAGAAAACCAGAGGACCCAUUGAACUGAGGAAUUUCUCAUGAUUCAUUCACAGGCUCCCUAAAUGAAAACAAGAGACAUUCAGAUGAUUUUCAAGAGAGGAAUAUCUAAUGGGCAUAUUAUCAGAUCACAGAAAUUGCAGUUGUUGUACGUGAGAUUGUUGAAUGGCAAAGAGGAAGGGCUGGUUUAGUUUCGUGAAGAGGUUCUUUGUAUGGGACACCCAGUCCAAACCAGAGAAGAAAGAGAAAAGAAGAAAAUGGAUGUUCGGUAUGGGAAGGCUAAAGGUAAAGAGAUUACCUUCUAUUGCAGCUCCACAGGCAACACUAAAAGAAAUAAAAGAUGUUGAAAAGCUCAAUAAUGGCAACCAAUGUCAUGAAGAAACUGAAGAAUUACAAGUUGUCAAGUCCAGAAUUGAGACUCGUCAACCCACAUACCAAUGCCGGAGGGCAAUUGAAGAAUCUGCAGCCAUCAAAAUUCAAACUACAUUUCGGGGUUACCUUGCAAGGAAGGCUCUAAGGGCAUUGAGGGGAAUAGUGAAGCUACAAGCUAUCAUCAGAGGCAGAGCAGUAAGACGGCAAACUAUGAGCACUCUGAAGUGCUUGCAGUCACUUGUAGAUAUUCAAUCACAGGUCUGUGCCAAGAGACUCCAAAUAGUUAAAGGCAGAUGGGCUCAUGAUGAGAGCGAAGAGAUUCCAAGUUCAAGAGACAAGAUCAUAAGGAUGGAUUCAAACAGUGAAAGGAGGUGGGAUUACAGCAUUUUGUUGAAGGAAGAGACAGAUGCUUCUUACAUGAGCAAGAAAGAAGCAGAAGUUAAAAGAGAGCGAAUGAAAGAAUACUCAUUCAACCAUCGAAGAUCAGCAGAAUCAGAGAGAAAGAAGGUAAAUGGAAGGUGGAGGUAUUGGAUGGAGCAGUGGGUAGAUACCCAACUUUCCAAAAGUAAAGAACUUGACGAUUUAGAUUCAGUUUUCAGUUCACAUUACAGAGGGGGGGAAGAAGAGGGAGGAGGAAGAAGACAGCUUAAUCUGAGAAAUAUUCAGAGUCAAAGACAAAACCAUAUUGAAGGCCUAUAUUCUCCAAAACUUGCUCCAAUUAGAAAACCCUCUCCUCACAGAAGACAACAUUCUCUGGGAAAUGAUGAGCCUUCAAGCCCUUCUGUAUUUCCAACAUAUAUGGCAGCAACAGAAUCAGCCAGAGCAAAAGCAAGAUCUUCAAGCUCCCCAAAGCUAAGAACAUUGAGUGUGGAUACAGCAAAACUUGAUGGGAACUCACCAUGCAAAAAGAAGCUAUCUUUUGUAUCUUCUUCCAUUAACCAGCAAAGAUCUCCAAGUUUAAAGGGAGUUUCAGGACCUGUAAGAUCAAGCAGGACAAUGAAGGAUCUAAGCAUCAACUCAGAUAGCUCAUUUCUGCACGGAUACAACAGAGAUUGGGAUGGACCAGGUAUCUUCAAAUGAAGCUUUGGAUUCUUUUUGAUUAAUGAAGCUUUGAAUUCUGAUGCUGCUUGCAUUAACAGACCUCUUUGUGGGCUUGAAGAGUGUUCCUUGUAAAUUUGAGUGGAUAUUAUUGUUUUGACUUGGGAAAACAUUAAUGUGAAGAUUGUUAGUUGUUACUGAAAAAAAGACUCUGCCUUGUUUGAUAGGAAAAGAGAAAAUCAUUUCCGGUUGUUUCUUCUCCUUGUAAUGUUUUUUGUAUCAUUGUAAUUACUGUGUAGUAGUUUUUAAAUAUCUUUUAUGAAAUCCAAAAUGAAGAUAAUAAGUUCAUUUUAUAUUA